ACGUGUAACCGGCUUAAUUUGGCCAAACCGGUAACAUAUCCGAACCGUUCUCCUAGCUUUCGAUAAACAAGAACCGUAUCCAUUCUUGAUUCUCCCCUCUUUUCAUCGUAUUCUUCGAAGUCUCUCCGGAUCGGGCUUCGUUUUAUCUUGUUCUUCUAAAUCGAUAGUCAAAUUUAAAUUUUCAAUAGUUCUAAACUACUCCUGAUCUAUCGAUCGAUCUUAAUUUUUCUUUAUUUCGUUUCUUUUAUCUAAUUUUAGGGUUAGGGUUUGUCGUUCAAUUUUCCGAUUUAAACCUUUUCCCUUUCGAUCGGUGAUAUUCUCUUGGUCGAUUUUUGAUCCUCGCAAAUAACCCUAUGUUCAUUGAUCGUAAAUUGUAGAUUGUUUAGCAUAAUUUACAUUUAGGGUUUUGAAGCGCGCGUGUUGGAAAAAUUCGUUUUCUUUGUAAAUUGAUUGAGGGAUUUGAUUGCGAAUAGUGAUGGGAACCAAACGAGCCUUUAAUGAAGAUCUUCAGGAGUUCAUUGAGCACCCGAAGCAUCUUGACUAUGGAAAUAAGUCAGCUUCAUUUACUGAUGAUGGACGUAAGCAUUUCCGUUCAGAUGAAAGUCUGGAAAGUGAAAAUGUUACUGUCCCUUUCAUGGUUCCCAAAGAGUUCGAGACAACUGCACCUUUACCGUUGGUGACCGGAAUCGGAACUGAUGAAUCCGAUUCCGGAUCUGUGCCUGUUUACUGCCCUAAUCUUUUCUCUGAAUUCUUGGAAAACAACUUCCCAAGGCGACCACUGUUUUGUUACGAAGAUAUCUACUCAUCUCUAAUGAAUCGCCCUCCCAGGAAAUCGAUUCCAAUCGGACCAGAUCAUCAAGCUGAUGUCCCGGAAUUCAGCCCUGAGCUGGCGAGAACUUAUAAAAACAAUAGUGGAAUUGAACGUUUCUUGGGAGUUUCUGUCGUUGGAAUCGGUGAUUCUGACGGAAUUAGCCAUUCCGACGGAAUCAACAAUUCCAAUGGAAUCAGACAUUCCGGUUCUGGCUUUUCAAAUUGUGAGUGCUUGGAUGGUGGUUCGAUUAGAUGUGUGCAGCAACAUGUGAAGGAAGCGAGACUGAAACUGAUGGAAUCGCUUGGGCGUGAGAAGUUUGUUGAUUUGGGAAUGUUGGAAAUGGGGGAAGAAGUUGCUUACAAAUGGAGUGAUGAAGAAGAGAGACGUUUUCAUGAGGUGGUGUAUUUGAACACCGGAUCUGUUGGGAAAAGCUUAUGGAAACAACUCUCGAUUACGUUUCCUUAUAAAACAAUGAAGGAACUUGUGAGUUAUUAUUUCAAUGUUUUUAUACUUCGAAGACGUGCAAUUCAAAACAGAUCAAGAUUUUUGGAUAUUGAUAGUGAUGAUGAUGAGUGGCGGGGAGGCUAUGGUAGGGGUUUUGGUGGUGGAGAAGAUGAUGAUUUUGUAGUUGGUGGAGGUUUUGGUUUCGAUGGAGUUGAUGAAUCUGGUUCUGAAGAUGGUGGUGAUGGCGGCAGUUAUGGUGGUGGUGGUGGUGCUGAUGUGGUUGUUGGUUUUGAAGAGGGCCAACCGGAAGUUGGGGCAAAAUCGUCUUGACAGUAGGUGGUUCUUGUUCUUGGCUUUGUUAGAUGACUUGUUUUAGUUCGUUCGUUUUGUAUAUUAAGUUUUGUUGGAAUGGGUCUUGAUUUUCGUGUUAGAAACUUAGAAUCUUUGAUGAGUUGCAUAUACAGAUUGGAAUUUUGAUUUUCUUGUUAGAA